AUGAUCGGACUUCCCUUCUUGCCAAAUCAACACAACGCCAGCGUCAACCUCUCUAUGAACUCUGACGUUCUCCCUAUGGCUCUUCAAAUGACGGAAAUGGAUAACAGAAAGGAUCAAAGCAGCGACAACUGCUGCAUGAGCACCAUCGUGUCCUGCAAGGAGCACGACCACAGUAAACACGACAUUUACGACAUUUGCGAGACAAAUGAAGGUAGCGAGGCUCCUGUUGGUCAAGCUCACGCACUCCUGCGCAAAGAUCGACGUCCAGACUCUAUCCUCAACAUUCUCACUGACUAUAUCCCACAAAUUACACCAGAGCAAAACUCGAAGGAUCCUGCCUGGGGUGCUGGGAUUUAA